CUCAGUCUAUCCAUCCAUCUGCACAUAGAUCCUCAACGGAUCAUACAUGAUGCAGCGAAGGUUCGUCAGCCGGAUGAACGCAAAGGCAGCAGCGGUUCUGCUCCUUGUCCUGCUCGUAUCCCACGCGUCAUCCGCAGAAUGCCGUGAGGUGCGGGGAUCAGGCGGCCGUCGUCUGGAUUUCGAGAUCCGAAGCCGCGGCGGCGCCGGCAAGGUCAGCCUUGACGUGUGUCCGCCAAGCUUUUGCGGAGGUGGUUCUCAAGGCGAUAACUGCUGGUGCUGUGAACUACUGGGGUCUUGCAGCUAUGGGUCGCUGCAGGAUUGCCUGGCCAACUGCCCCUCAUCCCCAUAGUCGACGCCCUGAAGGUUCUUCGGCACAGCGACAGAGCGAUGUGAGUUCGAUUGGCCGGAUGAUGCGAAACUUUCACUUUGAAAGAGACGUCCACGCUAGUAAUUAGACAGCAUAGUUCUGUUGCAUGUCCAACAGAUGGUCAGUAAGAGAGUUACGGUCACACGAGUUCGUCGUUCAUGUUAGCUCUUGGAAGAAUAAAAAUGAAACAUGCUCGCAUCUUCUACACUAUUAGUUUUGGAUUAUGCCGCUGAAAUGCUU